AUGAACAAAUACGCCGCCACCCGCCAUGCCUGGGUGUUUCUAUCUGUCCUUUUCAAUAUUGCCACCAUCGGACUUGUCGUGCUUGUUCACCAGUGUGACGUCUUUCUCCCCCCCGUAGGGACCUCUUUACAGAAAUUUUUGCCCACGUUCGCGUCCCUCGUGGGCCAAAUCGUCGUUUGCACCAAUGCCAUCGCUAUCUCAUCGCUAGUGACGGCAUUCACCAAGAAGAAGAUAUCUGACCGGGGGAUCACCUUUGAAGAAAUGAACCAUCUCCAUUCUGUUGCCAACGGGAAACUCCCACAUUCUCUCGCUCCGAUUGCCUUCGUCGCCAUCGUCAUCAUGUUGGCACAAGGUUUCUUUACCUCCGCAAUAGUCAACAGUGUCUCUCCCGAUAUCAUGAACUGGGGAACGACGCAUAGCAUGCCAAUUAUUGACCUUGCUAUGGAUACGAACCAAGUGAACGUCACCUGUUCGUAUGGCAAUGGAGACAUCAAUCUAUACGGUUACGGUACAAAUUGUCCUCUCAACAACGCCUACGGGGUCAUCUACAACGCCUACAUUGACUCGUUGGGUGACAAGUUUCCCAUCAGCAGCACCAGGGACGGAGUCUCAUACCCUUCCACCCUUCUCGGCAUUUCUGGCUCGAUUUCCACGCUAUCCACUCGGUACGCUCGGGAUGUAAGCGGGAAUCCGAAGCGCUCGGUUCUCCCUACCGAUACGUUCGACUCCUGUGUGCCAAAAGUCAAUGUGACCGCAACGUGCAAUCCCAACCUCGACAAUGGCCAGACUGCGGAAGUUGGGUUGCUCGACGUUCCUGACAAGUUGGGAUGCAACUCAAUUGCCACCUUCCGCAUUCGUAACAGCGAUGGAAGUUAUGUUGAGCACGGAUAUAAAUUUGGCCCGGUUUACGCCAAUGGUGCAAUCUCCAUUUUCCAGGAUGAUGACUAUCAGAAUGGAGAAACGGUCGUCACGAUCUUGAGCACUGGGAAAUAUGCCGAGAACCUUAGCUCCCCCAUAAUCCAAUGCCGUGUCUGUGCCCAUCAAUAUCUCAUCCCCAUUCGCAUCGUAGGAAAUAACUAUGUCCAGACACUCCCUUCGCUUCAAUGCCCCCCUCGCUCCGAACCAUCCCCUUCCUCCCUACUUCAAGUGGUUCGCAUCGCGCCCAUGGCACUGGUCAAAUCACAAGGUCAAGACGGAAGACUCGAUGCUAUAUCGCUCAUUUCGCCACAGACAAGAUCGACUCCUGGAGGAACGAUAAGGGCCCUCGAACUUGCGCUUGAGCGAAUGGCCAGUGUCGGAGCGACGGAAAUGUAUGGGCUCUUAGACGGUAUCUCCAAUAUCACAUGGCCAAACACAACGGAUUACACGUUCGCAACGCGGAGAUACAAGCUCGGGGUAUCAGGGAAAUACAGUCUUAUGUUUCUACUGAGUCCGGGGAUCCUAUUAUUUGCCUUGCUUUGGGGGUGGGGGUGGGUGGGCUUCGAGAAGGGCGUGGAUGGAGGUUUCAAUCCCUUACAUCCUAGCUGUACAGCAGCAGCAGGAAUGAAAAGGGAAAUCCUGGCGGCUGAAGUCGCUGGCACGAAGGAUGCAGAUGCAGAUGAGCUCGAGGAGCUAGACGUGAUUGUUAAAUAUGGCUAUGUGGACGGGACGAGGUUAGGUCUCGAGGCGUCAGGUGGGCAACCUACAUAUUCCAAAUAUUUGAGGGUGUAUAAGGACUCCCCAACCGCGUCACCCAUACCGACGCCGAGCUUUAGUAGCCCCGACCAACAACUCUAUUCAGCCCCAGCCUUCCCUCACCCGCACUAA